AUGCCGCCGCCUUCUGCUCCAAUCCCCGAGCUGGGGGAGUUUAUCAUAGCCAAUAAAGACAAACUAAGAAAGAAAGAUUCUGAAGCAGAAAUGAAUAAGUUGCUUACAGCUAUCAAGCUAGCGGCGAAGGUUGUUAAUAGAGAAAUUAAUAUGGCGGGCCUUGUGGAUAUCUUAGGGGCUGCAGGGAACCAAAACAUUCAGGGAGAAGAUCAGCAGAAGUUGGAUGUCUUUGCGAACCGGAAAUUCAUUCAGGCUCUGGUGAAUCGAGAAGUUGUUUGCGGGAUUUGUACGGAAGAGGACGAUGACUUCAUCCCUGUCAAUCCAAAUUGCCACCUUGUCCUUCUUAUGGACCCUCUAGAUGGAUCUUCGAACAUCGAUGUAAACGUCUCCGUGGGGACAAUAUUCUCUAUUUUUCAGCGGGUGUCUCCUGUGGGGCAGCCCGUUGAAAAGAGAGACUUCCUCCAACCUGGGAAGGAGCAGCUAGCAGCAGGUUAUGUCUUGUAUGGAUCCAGCACCAUGCUGGUGAUGACGACUGGGUCCGGUGUAAAUGGUUUUACACUCGAUCCCUCUCUCGGCACUUUCUUUCUUUCUCACCCCAACAUGCACUUUCCGGAGAAGGCAACGAUAUACAGCGUGAAUGAAGGAAACCACAAGGCCUUUCCUGAUGGAGUUAAACGCUUUAUUGACGAAGUACACAGUGGAGCGAACGGGCAGUUCUCUUUGCGUUACAUUGGGAGUUUAGUCUCUGACUUCCAUCGGAAUUUGCUGCAGGGCGGCAUCUACAUGUACCCCCCAACAAAGAAAGACCCUAAGGGGAAGCUGCGUUUAUUAUACGAAGCGAACCCGAUGGCUUUGCUUGCAGAGCAAGCUGGUGGAGAAGCAACAGACGGCUUUGAUCGCAUUCUUUCAAUUAUUCCUAAAGAUCUUCAUCAGAGAGUGCCUCUCUUUGUCGGUAGCUCUGCUUUAGUUCAGCAUAUUACUCAGCUUAUGAAUACACACAGCCCGCAGUGUAGACUACAUGCAGAUACACUCGCACCCUAG